AUGUCAGAGGCAGAAAACACUUUCUGUAAAUUUGCGAUAUAUGGUGAUGCAUCCACCAGUGGCAACAAGAUGACAGGGAAAAAUUUCUCCAAGAUGUGCAAAGAGUGUAGGGUGAUGGAUGGGAAAGCUGUGACCAGCACUGAUACUGACAUUGUAUUCUGUAAAGUCAAGACCAAAGGUGCCUGCACCAUCACCUUUGCUGAUUUCCAGCAGGACAUGAAGGAGCUCUGCAGCAAGCCCUUCAAGGGCAAAUCACCGGAGGAAGCACUGCAGGCUGUCUAUGGCCUUAUUGCGGGGAAAGAGCCUGGCAGCAAGGGCACCACAAAUGCAAGGAAGGUUGGUGGGAUCAAGAGGCUGACAGACACUAACUGUAUAUACACCGGCACCCACAAAUUGCAUUUUGAUGAGAAUGGCAAAGGGAAGGGUCUUGCUGGCCGCUGCAAUCUGACGGAGAACAGCAACUACGUUGGAGCCUACAAGGGAGCUGGCAGGUAUGUCCAGACGCACUAG